GAUAUCACUUUCCAUGGAAAAGAACCACAAAUUGAUUUGUCAGGAAACAAUAAACUCACUAUAUAUACCAGCUUCACUGUCACUUACUCAAAACUCAGUUUAGUGACAUUCACCACUACCAACUUCUUCUUUUUCCUUCUUCUCAUCAUGGAUAUGAUGGGACAAAUUAGUACUUCUUUUUCCAAUGAUGAUUCUUCUACUCUUUUAGAUUCAAUCCAAGAUUUUCUUCUCAAAGAUGAUUUUGAAACCCUAGCAAAUGCCCCGCCAUAUAGUUUUCUUGAAGAUGAUUUUGAAACCCUAGCAAAUACCUCACCACACAGUUUACCUAGAGAUGAUUUUGAAACCCUAGCAAAUACCUCACCACUUAGUUUACUUGAAAAUGAUUUUGAAACCGUAAUAAAUAGUACCUCAUUGCCUAUGAUACUUGAAGAUGAUUUUGAAACCCUAAACAACACUUCACUGGAUACUUUACUUGGUUCACCUUCUUUUAAACUUGAUGAUUUGCAGGAAACUACUAUAUUGCCACCUACAGAAUGUCGUGUUCGAGAAGCAGUCACCACUAGGAAGAAAUUUAAAGGUGUGAGGAGGAGGCCGUGGGGCACAUAUGCGGCGGAGAUUAGAGAUCCGAAGAGACAUGGAGCUCGAAUUUGGCUUGGUACUUACGAGAAACCAGAAGAUGCAGCAUUUGCUUAUGAUAGAGCCGCUUAUAAAAUGCGAGGUACCAAAGCCAGGCUCAACUUUCCUCAUUUAAUUGGCUCAACUGAGUAUGAGCCGAUUAGAGUGACUAACAAGCGUAGCUUGCCGGGACAGUCCUCUUUAUCGCCGAGUUCCUCGUCUUCGACGUCGGAUAAGCUCCAGCAAGAUGAUGAUUCUCCAAAGUCCACAAAAAAAAUAAAAUCAAUUAAUUUAAUAGCUAAUGCGGUAGCAAAGAAUGUUUACCAGUUUAGCCAAGUCAUCAAUUGCCAAUUUAGCCAAGUCGACUCAAACCAAAGUGUAUAUGGAGAUCCUUUAUUAAAUUAAAGGGAUAAAGAGAAUUGGCUGGGAAUUUCUACAAAUGUGAUUGUUGUUGACGUUGCAUGGAUGGUUUAGUUUUGGAGUUAGGUUAUUUUGAGAUAUAUAAAAGCUCUAAUACGCAGAAUUCUGAUGAUCACACUCAGUUUAGCUGAUAAAGGACGUCCUAUAUAUCAUGAUUAUAAUCUAGAUGAUGAAACCCAAAGCAUUUAUAUUCUGAUUCAUCUUCAUCUUCAUUGCUAGGGUUAGGGUUAUGGUUAUGGUUUUUUUUGGUAAAGAAGACAUGGUCUUGUCAGGUAUAUGUUUCUUGCCUUUGUACUCCACCAAUUUAGG